GAUCCAAACCCAACCAUCCCGGCUAUAAAAAGCCAGAGCAGCCCCGUGUCCCCCUCUGCAGGAGCUCAGUGGGGGGGCCAGGAGCAGCACCCAGACCCCACACCCACUGCAGGGCACAGGCCCUCACAGAGGAAGCGGCCGCGGCCCCAGCUGCGUCCCCACAGUGCCUGGGUGGGUCCUUGGGGAGUCUCUGCCCACCAUGGAGCUCCUGCCACUGCUGCUGGUGCUGCUGGCUGUGACCCCGGCCACUGGCAUCGAGGAGGUGGCACUGGACAUGGCCCCCAACGCCUUCGAUGACCAGUACCGGGACUGCCGGAGCAAAAUGUUGAAUGCUCUGCCGAACCUCAACCGCUCUGAGUUCACCACCAACAGUGCCUUCGCCACAGCUUGGGCCAUGGCCGCUGCCAGCUGGAACAAACACCUGGGGUCUCUGAAACGGCAGGAAGAGGCCAUCGCCCUCAGGGCGUACACCCUGAAUACAAACCUGUACAAGGACUUCAACAGGGCUGUGCCCAUGGCUGGACGCUCCCGCCAGGAAUAUCUGGACAACUUCCCCUUCAAGGUAGUGCAUUUCCUGCUGACCGAGGCCCUGGAUGACCUGCGGGCUGCCCAGCCCCAGGGCACCUGCCUCCACGUGUACCGGGGGGUCCGAGGUAUCCGGUUCACUGCCAAGCCCGGGGAUAUCGUCCGCUUUGGCCACUUCGCCUCCAGCUCCCGGAACAAAACAGUGGCUGAGAGGUUCGGCACCGACACCUUCUUCGAGCUGGACACCUGCCAUGGCGCUGCCAUCCAGAACUUCUCCAUGUACCCUUGGCAGCAGGAAGUCCUCAUGCCACCAUUUGAGACCUUUAGGGUCACCAGUGUCACCCGCCAAGGGGCCAAAACCCACAUCCAGCUCAGCCCCCACGGAAUGCACAGCAACUACAGCUGUGCCUUGUUCUCAGGUGACAUCCCUGGGGUGGGGACACCCGUGGCUGGGUGGGGCAGGGCAGGGGUGGCAGCAGGGCACCAGCUCUGCUGGGACAGGGGCAAUGGUGGUGGGGCAGAGGAUGAGGAUGGUGGGGUUGGGCAUCACACAGCUCCAGCUGCUCUCCUGGCAUGGGAUGGAUUGCUCUGGGCUGGGGCAGCAGUGUCCCAAGGGACACCCCACACCUCGGGGGCUCCUCCUGGCAGCCCUGGCCCUGGCAGUGGCCACCGGCACCCCCUGAGCCACGAGGACACUGCUGUCACCUCUGCCACCGUGUCCGGCCAAGACGAGGGCUCAGGAACGGAGCCACCGGUGUCAUCAGGAUGGCCGUGCCCGGACCCCCCCGGUGCCGGGACGGGGCGGACGCUCCGCAGCGGGAUCAGCCCGCGCUGCCUCCUGGCCUCGACCCUCGCAGCUGCAGCCGCGGGAGGCGCGGCCGCCGCCGCGCUGCUUUCCCUGCGCCAUUCCCGCCCCGCCACUCCACGGGAGCCACGGGCACCUGGAGGUGAACUGGCCAAAGCGGACGAUAUCCCCGGGCUUGGCAGUGAACCGGAUACCUCGGACCCCCCGGUACACGUGGAGGCAGGUGCCCUGGGGCUGGGCAGCCCGCAGGUCAUGCACUGCCGUGGUCAGCAGGAAAUGCAGCACCUUGAAGGGGAAGUUGCACAGGUACUCCUGGCGGGAUCUCGCGGCCUCGCGCACAGCGGCGUUGAAUUCCGGAUGCUGUUCGUGGUGAACUCAGAGCGGUUGAGCUCCGGCAGCACCCUCAACAUUUUGCUCCGGCAGUCCCGGUACUGGUCAUCGAAGGCGUUGGGGGCCAUGUCCAGUGCCACCUCCUCGAUGCCAGUGGCUGAGGUCACAGCCAGCAGCACCAGCAGCAGUGGCAGGAGCUCCAUGCACCCCGGCCCCCGCAGCCCCACGGCUGCAGAUGGUCAAAUGAGCACUCACAGUUUGAUUUCCGAGUAUUUCGACUGA